CCGCUUCCAGUUCUUCGUUCCGGAAGUUGCUUUCCUCGGCGGCGUGCGGAUUCGUGCGGUCUUUGUGACAGGUUCCGCCAUGGCGUACCGCGGCCAGGGCCAGAAGGUGCAGAAGGUGAUGGUGCAGCCCAUCAACUUGAUCUUCAGAUACUUGCAAAAUAGAUCUCGGAUUCAGGUGUGGCUCUAUGAGCAAGUGAAUAUGCGGAUAGAGGGCUGUAUUAUUGGUUUUGAUGAGUACAUGAACCUCGUGUUAGAUGAUGCAGAAGAAAUUCAUUCUAAAACAAAGUCAAGAAAACAACUGGGUCGGAUCAUGUUGAAAGGAGAUAAUAUUACCCUGCUACAAAGUGUUUCCAACUAGAAAUGAGAAGUGAGAAGAUGAGAACACAAGAUUUGGGGGGGGUGUCUUCUGUUGGUAGUAUAAUUCUGAAACAUUUGUUCAUAGUGUUUUGAUGGCCCUUAUGUUAUUACUGUGUGACAAUAAAUGUGAGGUUGUUUUAUUAAAAAUUGAACCUCUUUGGUA